CAGAACCAUUCCUAUGUAAUUAUAUGAGUAGCACCGUAGCACGGCAGAUGCAGUGGCUACAUCAGUAUGCAGAACUGCCCGGGGACGAUGACGAUAGCCCAUCGGCUAGUGGCUAAGCUGGGGCAAAGCGAUGGCCUGGAUGUACCUGUCUGGCCGGCGGAGUGCCCUGCCAUGGCCCUGUCCAUCCUGUCGCUCUCCCCACUCCUUGGCCCUCUCUCGCCCGGCCUCUUUGGCAUCAUUUCCGUGCCUCGUUCUCUCUCCUCUCCUCUCCUCUCCUCUCUCCUCACCCCAAUCCUAAUCCCUCUUCUCUUUCUCUGCGUCCCUCCCUUCGCUGCUCCAUUCCAUCCUCCCAACCCUUCCUUCCUCUCAUUCAUGCAUGCAGCGGUCUCUUCUUCAACCCUCUUGGACUUCAUCCUGGUACCUUUGACCUUCCUUUGACCCACAUCUAUCUAUAUCUGUCGCUGUCUCACUCACCUUCUCUUUCUCCUCUCGCUUUAUCUCAUCCUCUUAGUCCAUUCCAUUGUUUGUUCUGAUCUAUGGAGGCUUCCCCUGCUUUUCUUCUCAGUGCUCCCGCCUGCUGAUCCUGCAGCUCCUACGCUGCCCUCUUGUCUUCCUCGGCCCAUUCUCGAUUCCUUUCCUUUUCUUCUCCUCGAUCCGCUUCACCAUGUCUGCUCUGUAUAUCCCCGAGGCCGGAUUGUCUCUCCGCAGAGAUGAUCCUCCCGCCGUUGACGGUCCCUCAUCCAAACCCACCCAGAUCAUGCGAUUGAACCUGGCCCAAAGCACUCUCGACGAACUCAUUCAGAGUCUCCGCAACGACCAGAAAGCUCGUAUCCGUCUGGGCAAACACCAAACCCUCUACUACGGGUCUAAGUUUCAGCAGUUCCAUUCCGUUCCUGAAGCCCACCGCUCCGAAAUCUAUACCUGCACCCCCGGUGAUAGAGAGAACCUCUACUUUACCGGUCUUCUCAGUCAUACCCUGGAGGUUCAGAAGGCCAAGGAAGCCACUGCCGCUACCGAUCAGGCCCUGGCCAAUCUCGAGCAAAGCUUACAUGCAUUUGAACGAGGAAAAGAGUCAAAGAAGACUCAUAUCAUCACCGACAUUGAUCAGGUCAGGGCUCUGAAGUCGGGGAAAAACCGCCCAUCGCGUCUCCCCACCGGUAGGAGUGAUCUUGAGAAGGACCGCCUCUUCAACAAACAUCAUGCAGCCAGCCGCUCCUUGUCGUCCAGCCCCCUGGGUCUGUCUCUCUCCCCCGCCUCCCAUCCUGCUCCCACGCCCACAUCUGCUCCGUUACCGCAAAGCAAGGACCAGAUUCGCCUCGAUGCCCUCAAGGUCCCCCUUAUCCACCUUCUCGCUGUCCGCGCCGUCUCGGCCAAAUACCUUGCGCGGCAAACCCGCUCCUCCCUUGAUGACUGCUUGACUCUGGUUCGGAAGUACGGUGUGGAAAAUCGACUGGAUCGGGAAAAAUUUGACCUGAAAGACAAGGCAUACAGAGAGCUGGAUGUGUGGAAAUUCCCUUAUCCGUCCCAAGAGGACCGGCAGGAGGCCAUUGAAAAUGCCAUUUCUGCGUUCGAUCGCAUGCGCAUCUCCCGUUCAGACAAACUCUGGCAAUCGCUUCUUCCGAAAGAAGAAAGGGGCAAGGGUAAGGUCCUUUCGCGGCUGGACUUGCGGACGGGUCCCGUCAAAAAGUCUCUUACUCCCCGGAUACAAAUCCACGCAUCGGAAGACACCACCAAGGAGGGCUACACGACCGGUACAGAAACCGAUCGUACCAACAAUAACGGGCUGGCACCGAGGACGGCCGAGAAGACCAAGGAUGUGGCUCCUCAGAAGGCCGGCAUCGCUGCAGCGAAGAAGAAACGCGCAAGCGAGAAGGAUGCACCCGCGAAACGAGGUCCUGCCAAGGGAAAGAAUGCCAACAACAGCACCUUGACUGGACGCGUCACCAAAAAGGCAGAGAGGAAGCCAGUUUCGAAGAUCAAGUCUGCUGAAUUCGUCCAUGAUUCUGACGAGGAUGAUACGGACAUGCCAGAUGCAGCUUCAUCGUCGUCAUCAUCACUGGCCGUGAAGCAGCAUCAGACACAGCAGAAAGCACAACCGUCCCCCUCUCCAAAUACAAGUCAUGACAAGCCAAAUUCAUCUCACGCUGCGACGUCCCGGGCGGCUAAGCCCGAUUCUAGGCCUGUCCCAAAACAGUCGCCUCAAGGGGCCCGCACUACUGCUACUGCUGCUGCUACUGCUACUACAUCGCAGAAACACCCACCGUCGCAGUUGUCGAAAUCUGCGUCUCCGCGGAAACCGUCCCCCGUCCGAUAUUCGCCUCCCACCAAUUCCUCGGACUCCCGCGGCCACAGUCGUUCUUCGAGUCGAAACACAGCUACCUCGAGCUCGUCGUCCUCUCCCCUCAUCGCUCAGGUGUCCAAGGGCAGACAACCCGACAGGCCGGCCAAUCCUCCGGCAUCAAAAUCGAUCAAACCGAAUGGCGGCGUGAAUGGCACGUCGAAUGGCGUGGCAAAGCCCAAAAGAGAGACGGCCGUUCCCUUGAAGCGUAAGGCAGAACCACAACAGCCACCGGUGACUGAGUCCCAGAAUGCAGGGCGACCUAACGGGCAUGUGGAUCAUAAACGACGACGGGCGACGAGCAUCUCGAGUGGAAGCACAGGCAGUGACUCACCAUCGAUGGGUCGCGAGUUUCUUCUUCAGCAGCUACGGGAGAAGUCGCAGCGAUUCAAACAAUACUACGCCAAGUAUAGAGCACUUCAUGACUCGCUGGCAUCACUCGUAAACCCACCGCAGGCGGACUUGGAGAAGCUGCAGUUACAGCACAAGCGGCUUCAACGGAUGAAAGAAGAGAUAUGGGAUGAGGAUCGACGACUACGAAAAGGACCGUGAUAUCUUUGAAGCGGUGAUGAUCAUAUUCACUUUGUUUUGGUUAAUGUUGGACACUGCAUUUUGGCCAUUAUACCUGUCUCAUGGUCAUUUGGAAAUACCUAUCUUGUUGGCCUUUUACUAAUUAUCUACAGCAUGUGCAAGCCGGUCUGUUUGCAUCAAGUUUCUUUAUUUCCUCUAUUAUUUUUUUUAUUUAAUUCUUUUUUUGAUUUUGCAGCGUAUUGCAUUUGCAUUGAUGCCAUGUUCCCCAGCUGCGGCAGAAAUGCAAGUGGCUUUAAUGCAUGUUGAGAUAGCAUGGGCUUCUACCAGAAGAAGCGAUUUGCAGGACCCCAGCGAUAUGCCGACAGAGCUUACAGAGCUUUUAUAGAUAUUAUGAUUCAGCUUAGAAGUUGAAUAAAAACAUAUUCAGGACCAGGACGAAGCGUUGCUUUGUACAAUAGGAUUUCGUAUGACGCUGUCCUUCUCCUCUGACUACCAC